AUGUCCGACGCCUUCGGGGCUGACCAAGGGCACGGUCGUCACGUAUCGCGGCGUACAGAUACCUACCGACAGCGUCGCCAAGGUGACGAUGGGGACCGCAGCCGAAUUCAGAAUGUCGACAUCUAUCCCAACACAGACCACGGCCCGUAUCUUCGGGACGGCGACGAAAUCGCCAUGCCCGCGGAUCAGCAACCGGUCCAGAUGAGCCAGUUGAUGCUUCAGGCGUCCGGUGUCCUGGAAGGGAUUGAUCCGCAAGCGAUCAGCGACAUCGGGACCGAACUGGGGAAUUCGUUCAACGGGCUCGGCCCGAGCUUGGCGACGAUGAUCGACAACGGUGGGACCAUGUCCGCGCAGUUGAACGACCAGUCGACCGAACUCGCCGCGCUGCUGUCGCGAACCUCCACGUUGGUGGACUCCAUGGCGACACAAUCGGAUUCGUUCGUCCGAGGAAUGGCGGCUGCCAAGAACUUCACCGAACAACUCGAAUCCAACGCUCCGGUGCUGAUCUACCUCACCGAUCAUUCGCCCGCCGCCCUGAACAGCGCUCAACAGUUGUUCGACAAGUACCACAACACUUUCGAGCGGUCCUGGCCAAUCUCGUCACUGUCGCACCGAUCAUCUCCGACCGCACAGACGCCCUCGAAACCGGGCUUGUCACGAUUCCUGAAGUCCAAGUCUGGCGAUGUACUGUCCCCCGCCGACGACCUCGUCCAACGCGGAGCACAGAAUGCUCCGCGCCCGAACGACCUCGGAUUGCAGAACUCGACGGUCCCCGGUACGCCGAUCGGACCGCCCGUCGUCGCAGAUCCGAUUCUCGUCCCCACCGGAGUCGACGCCCUGAACUACUGGAGAUUGAUGUUGGAAGGACUGGGAAAUGGCACACGG